AUGGCCUCCACCUCGACGACGAAAAACUUUUCAUUACACGGCAAGGGCCUUAAGCUCAACACAAGAGCCGAUAUUGAACCAUACUUAAAGGACGUUGAUCCGACGACAAUCGAGGAAAUCCACUUUGGGGGCAAUACACUCGGCGUCGACGCGUCUCAAGCGCUAGCAGAGUUCCUGGAUAAAACCAAGGUGCUCAAGGUCGCAGAUUUCGCCGAUAUCUUCACCGGUCGUCUGAUCUCUGAAAUCCCACUCGCGCUUUCCGCGAUCUGCGAUGCUCUCAAAGACAAAACCUCCCUCGUCGAGCUCAACCUGAGCGACAAUGCUUUUGGUGGACGAUCCGUCGAUCCAAUGGUCCCCUUCCUUACGCAUAACCGCAGUUUCCAAAUCCUGAAACUGAACAAUAACGGCUUGGGUCCCGCGGGUGGCUCAGUUAUUGCAGAAGCGUUGGUAGAGUCAGCGAGGCUUAGUAAAGCGGAAGGGAGGACCUCAAAUUUGCGAACGGUCAUCUGUGGUCGGAAUCGGUUGGAGAAUGGGUCAGCGCCAGCGUGGGCCGAAGCGUUCGCGGCGCAUGGCACGCUUGUGGAAGUCCGGAUGCCACAGAAUGGGAUCAGGAUGGAGGGUGUCACUGCGCUGGCGCGUGGGUUGGCUAAGAAUCCCCACUUGCAACAUAUCGAUCUGCAAGAUAAUACUUUCACCGCCGAUGGCGAGCUGACUGGUCUGGAGGCUUGGACAGAGGCGUUGCCGUCAUGGCUAGACCUUCAUACACUUAACCUCUCCGAUUGCGUACUUUCUGCGGAGGGUGAGGUCCCGAUCCUGGUGACUAGCCUUACGACGGGAUCGAAUCCCAAGUUGCACACACUUCAGCUGCAGAAUAACAACCUGGAAACCAAAACCUUCUCGCUCCUUGCUCAGACGAUCUCGACUCAUCUCACGAGUCUGAUGAGGCUCGAGCUGCAGUGGAAUGAGGUGGAAGAUGAUGACGAGCACCUGGAGACUAUUGCUUUGAGUCUCAAACAGAGGGGUGGGAAGUUAUUCGCGACUGACGAAGACGAGGAGGAGGAAGAGGAAGAGGAGAAGGAGGAAGAGGAAGAGGAAUUGAAGGAACAGGCCGAGGAACAAGCGAAAGAGUCUGCAAAAGUGGAUACAUCCGCGGACGACCUGGCAGACCUCUUCAACAAGGUCAAGAUCGACGACCCUGCCACCGCCUAAUUUCUCAUCCAUCUCGCUUUUCUCGGGACACCAUAUACCAGACACAUAUCAUCCUCACCAUUGGAAAUCGUAGAAACUAAAGUACAUAUCAAUACAGGAGACCAAGUAACCUUCAGCGAACCUUGUCAACUAACCACUUUCCUUCAAUCCCUCCUCCUUCGCAGAGGAACUUGCUGGGCAAGCCAGUAUUCCGCUUCGAUGUUAGAAAA